CCUUCCAAUCCAACCAGACCAGACUCCAGAUGCAAGCAAGCUGCUGCACGAACAAUGAUAUUUGUACAGCCAUAGAUUCUAUUUCAGUCAUUUACAGCGAGCAGUUACAAAUCGAGUGUAGAGAGAGAAUAGCAGAGCAGGUCUAGAAAGCUUGACAACCCCAAGUCACUGAUCUCAACUUCCGAUUUACUCUUCUCCGUCUAGCGACAGCCAUGGCCGGCGUGGACGUCGAUAUGCCUCUUGCGUCAGGCGGCGAGGGCUCCAGCUCCGGCGCGAAGAAGGCGAGGCGGUUUGAGAUCAAGAAGUGGAACGCCGUCGCUCUCUGGGCCUGGGACAUCGUGGUCGACAACUGUGCCAUCUGCCGUAACCACAUCAUGGACAAGUGCAUUGAGUGCCAGGCCAAUCAAGCGAGCGCUACCAGUGACGAGUGCACUGUGGCAUGGGGUGUGUGCAACCAUGCAUUCCAUUUCCACUGCAUCAGUCGGUGGCUCAAGACUCGCCAAGUCUGCCCUCUAGACAACAGUGAGUGGGAGUUUCAGAAGUAUGGUCGCUGAGCCGCAUAUGUUGCUGUACAUGGUGUUGUUGCCUCGCAUGCGACCUUUCCACAAGCAAGCCUGCAUGCAUGCGUGUGUGCUCACAUACAUGGGGCGGCCACCCACCCAGCUAAACCCAGGUUUACCAUAUGUGCAUGCAUGGGCUGGGCACGGUUUCAUUUUCUUGCAAAGUAGCAAAGCACAUUGCUAUGAUGCCUUUGCCUCCUGUAGGUUGCCCUGUUGUAUUCACCGCUCACUAUAUACAGAGUGUUCAGUCGAGAGUAAUGACGGGUUUGUUCCAUUCCAUUCAUA